CCCAUCCAGCAGCGUGUCCACAAGAGAAGGAAACACAAGUUUAUAAAGAUGCAGAAACACAGAAGGAAUAUUGAGACAUCUCUGAUGACGUCGAGUGACUCCAGAUGCUAAUAAGACUGAAGCCACACAGACUCAAGAACACACGAGAUGGAGAAAUGAAAGGAAAUCUGCGCCAGCAACUGAACACAUCAGGAUCUCGGAGAGCCACUGGGGAAGAGAAACUAGCGUCAAAUAUGGCCAACACCUCAACUCAAGAGGUCAUAGAGAACGGGGAGAAAAUAGAUGUGAUGUACAUUUCCAUCGAGAGCACGAUUGCGCUGGCGUCAGUCCUGGGAAAUGUUUUGGUGGUGUUAGUGGUGGCCAAGAACCAGGGUCUGAGAGACCCCACCUUCUGUUUUAUCGUGUCUCUGGCGCUGGCUGACAUCGCCGUCGGUGUUCUCGUCAUUCCUCUGGCCGUGGUCAUCAGUCUGGGUCUCAUGACACCGUUUUACACCUGCCUCUUUAUUUCAUGUCUGUUAGUGAUGAUCACUCAGAGCUCUAUACUGUCACUGCUGGCCAUCGCCAUCGACAGAUUCUUACGUGUCAAAAUCCCCACCAGAUACAACACCGUGGUCACACAGCAGCGGGCAUGGGUGGCUGUUGGCAUGUGUUGGAUUCUGUCCUUUCUGACCGGGUUGGUGCCCAUGACCGGCUGGCAUCGUAGCCCACCUCAAAAUGCCAGCACGGAGCUCAUCGAAUGCCAGUUCAUCAACGUGAUAUCCCUGAACUACAUGGUCUACUUUAAUUUCUUCGGCUGGGUGGUGGCACCCUUGACUAUAAUGGCGGGACUGUAUGCCGAGAUCUUUCGUAUAAUCCGACGACAACUCAACCGUCGAGCUGAAGCCACUUCAGACUCCAGCAAGUACUAUCGCAAAGAGCUGAAUUUAGCCAAGUCCUUAGCGCUCGUUCUCUUUCUGUUCGCUCUCUGCUGGCUGCCGCUUCACAUCAUGAACUGCAUCGUGUUUUUCUGCCCUAAGUGCAUCGUGCCAAGGAGCGCUUUUUUCGUCGGCAUCUUUAUGUCCCACAGCAACUCCGCCCUGAACCCGCUGGUGUACGCGUUCCGCAUCCAGCGCUUUCAAGACACGCUGUGUCAGAUCAUCCAGCGAUUCGUACUGUGUAGAACCUCGACCAGCCCGAUCCAGCACGGUGCCGGACCGAUCGCUGAAAAAACACAAGCUACGACUGAAAGACAAUAAAAACUUGAUGGCACCUGUAGACUGUAAAUCAGCACUGUGCGGCUUCAAACAUCUCUUCCCUGAAUGUAAUAAAAUAUUUUGUGGUCCUACGUGGCAAAAAAAAGCGCAUUGGGUGAUUUGUUAGUUUAAAAGCAUGCUAGGCAUCUCGACCAGUAGAUCUCUUAACUGUGUGGGUUGUGGCAAGAAUAAGACGUCUGAAUGCACAUGGAAAAAUGCAUGAAAUUAUUAACUAGGAGAGCAAAAUAAAUUGGCAGAGAAGGCAAGAAAACUGGUUUGUCACACCUUUUGUUUUGACAUCAAAGGACAAAAUGUGUAUUUUGGCAGAAAUUCAUGCUUAAAAAUACAACCCGAGAGUCAAUAACAAAGAGGAAAAACACAGUAUGUGCCAACAGAAUCUCGUUGAUAUGCAUUAAAUGCUUUGCAUUUCUCCUCUUUCGCGUCCAAACACAACAUCUGGCUCAAUGUUGACUCUAUAUCGAUGUGCUAUAUUGUUAAGCCUGUUAAAUUAGUACAUUUCAAUGUACUAAUCUCUUUCUUGUGCCCCGAACUCUCUGUAAGUCGCUUUGGAUAAAAGCGUCUGCUAAAUGACUAAGGCCCGGUUUCAAAGACAAGGCUUAGCUUAAGCCAGGACUAGGCCUUAGAUAAAUUAGUAUAUUUAAAUCGCUUUUAUAAAAAUGCAUUAGAAAAAACAUUACUGGUGUUCAUCAUGAGACAAAACAA